CACUCGACAUUUGUCAGGUUCACGUGCUCAUUUCUUAUUUCUGAUUUAUUACUUUAAAUAAAUUUAAGUAUAGUGUCAUGGCAAAGAAAAGGAGAUUCGAUGGACAAGAAAAAGACUUUAAGCAAAAAAAGUCUACUCCCGUAGAGGUUAUAGCUGAAGAUGUAACCAAUCAUCCCUUAUGUCUUCAUGGACCGACUUUGUUGUUUUCGUCGGAGAAAGGCCGAUAUUUCUCUUGUUCUUUAUGUCGUAAGAAACAGGAUUGUACAGUGCACAUUGAGGAGGAUGAUUGGAAAAAGGAAAACGUGCGUAAACUGAACGAAAAGUACUACAAUUUGAUUCCAAAACUUGAUAAAGCUGCAGCGUGGAAAAAUUUCAAUGAGAUAAAAUUAAAGCAUGCGACAAGUAGAGCUUACUGUGACACAUGUAAAGAACUUUAUAUUGUAGCGCAGAGCAAGAAACAUUUGAAAGAUCAUAGAGUGAUCAUGUCAUUGACUGAUGAGCAACUCGCAAACCCUACAACAUGGCUGCCGCCACUUGAAAAUGAUCAAAGGGAGGCACAGUAUUUAUUCUCUAAAAAGGCAGUUAGUACAGUACUAGGGAUACUUAAAAAUAACAGUAUUGGGAACAUACUGUGUGUAGGCACACCCUCUAUACAUGAAGCUGCACAAGCACAUCCUGACUUUGAUUCAUUACUCCUGGAUUAUGACACACGCCACCAUCUCUUUAAUCCACCCAGUAAAUUCCUUUGGUACAACAUGUUCAAUGACUAUUUGUUUAACGGGAACCAAGAUGAGAAAAUCUUGAAAAAGUUCUUCAAAAAUUCCAAGGAUAAAGGUCUCUGCAUUGUGAUAGACCCACCGUUUGGUGGCAGAGUUGAGCCAUUGGUUCAGACUAUCAAGGAUUUAUCUGCAGCCUACAGGAAGGUUUGUGAAGGGGAGGGUUUAUUGCCAGUCAUCUGGGCUUUCCCUUAUUUCUCUGAACCUUACAUAAGGAACAUUGCACCGGAAAUCAAAAUGCAUGAUUAUCAGGUGGAGUAUCAAAACCAUAAGAAAUUCCAAAAAGGAGGUCGUAAAGUUGGCUCGGCGGUACGUUUCUUCACAAACUUACCAUUUGUUACUAUCGACCUAUCUAAUGACAGUAACUAUAAGCAUUGUGAUAAAUGUAAAUACUGGGUAUCAGUUAGUAAUACACACUGCAAUAAAUGCAAGGAGUGUACUAGUAAGGAUGGUACAACAUACAAACACUGUAACAUCUGUAGACGCUGUGUCAAACCAACAUAUGAACACUGCAAAGUUUGCGCACGGUGUUGCCAUGUUAAACACGAAUGCGGAACUGUGGUAGAAUCACAGUCAUGUUACAAAUGCAAUGAAAAGGGCCACAAGCAAUCUCAAUGCCCGCAGUCCGAAGGCCAAGUGAAUAACAAGAAAAAACGGAAAACUGCCUAAUAUUUUGUAAUAAAUUGAUUUGUAUUUCA